CUUUAUAUUGAUUUUGAUCGGUCAGUUUGAAUGGGAACAGUAUGCUAUAGUUUCGUGAAGAUAUUAAAUAAAAAAGUUUUCUGUGCAAGUACUUGAUUUUGAUCGAUUGGUUUAUAUGGGAGCUAAACACUAUAGUGGUCCAAUAUUAGCAGUACCGAAAAAUUAGCUGCUUCUUGGUGACAAAAGAUCGUGCGCGAAAUUUCAAAUCGAUAUUUUAAAAACUGAGGGACUAGUUUGCGCAUAUAGAAACAGGCAGUCCGUUAGACAAACAUCGCUAAAUCGACUCAGCACAGCUUACUGAUUUAUUCUACAUAUACUUUAUAGAGCCAUAUAUUUAUUAUUACGAAAGUACAGUAUUGAAUAUCGAGAUCAUUUGAAUCAUUCUCCACUUCUCCGCCGCCAUAAUAAGGUAAUUUGUCACUAUACACCACUUGUGGGUUAUGAUUUUUGUAUGUGUAGAUCCAUUGCUAAGCCGGCUACUUAGGCUGAAGCUUAAAUUAGUACGUCAAAGCAUUCAGUCAGUGUUCGAGGUUGAAAGCGAACGACAGCGUCACUUGUCUGUUGACAAUUGAAUAAAAGCUAAAGCUAAGGAACAUCGCAAAAGCCUUCCUGAUUGCCUGAUUAUUUUUACACUACUUGAAAUGUCAGUUGCAGCCGAGUGUGUGCAGCAAGUGGCACUUGUGACGGGCGCAUCUGCUGGUAUUGGCGCACAAAUUGCAGUCCUUUUAGCUAACAAAGGAAUAACCGUUGUGGGAUUGGCGCGACGGUCCGAAUUGAUCGAGGAUUUGAAUAAACAAGUGACAGGCCUCGGAAAAAUUCAUGGUCGCCACUGUGAUCUGAGCAAUGAAGAAUGCAUUACAACCGCUUUCAAAUAUGUACAUGAGAGUUUUCCACCAAUUUCAAUACUCGUAUGCAAUGCAGGAAUGUUGAAGGCGAAUUUCAUAUCAGAAUCCACUGGAAAGGAUAUCAGGGAUUUAUUCGAUCUUAAUGUAGUGGCCACAUCCAUUUGCCUACGAGAAGGAGUGAAGCUAAUGCGUGCAAGUCAAGCGAAGGGCCACAUUAUUAUAAUGAAUAGCAUCCUCGGACAUCGCAUACCGGAAGUGCCAGUGCCAUUAUUUAGCGUUUACCCUGCGACGAAACAUGCUCUAACAGCACUAUGCCAAACCGUCCGUCAGGAGAUUAAUUUUCUCAAGUUAAAUAUUAAAUUAACGAGCAUUAGUCCAGGUAUGGUAGAUACGGAUUUGUUGAACGUUUAUUCUCGAGCUGUUGCCGAUUUGCCAAAACUGCAGGCCAAGGAUGUAGCCCAAGCGGUUAUAUAUGCAUUAGAAACGCCCGAUUAUGUGCAGAUUGAAGAAAUCGUUCUACAGGCUAUGGCCCGCUUCAAUGUUUAAUAUGCAUUUUUAUAUUGAGCUGUAUAUGUAUACAUGACAUAUCGAGAUAUCUUUCUUCUUUAUACAAUUAUAUAUAAGCAUAGAAUGCGAAUGCAUAGUGCACAAUAGCCUAAAGAAUAUAUUUUUUUAGUGUUAUUAAUAAAAACCAAAACCCUA